CAACACUUCCCAACUCGCACGUUGUAUUUUCUAAACAAAACAAACGAACUUCACUUUUGAACUUAACUUUUGCCGCAAAAGACUACCAAGAUGUCUUCGUGGAAGAAGGCGUCGAAGAGCAACCAGAAGGUGCACCGGGAGCGCCACCAGCCGGAGGCGCGCCAGCACCUGGGAUUCCUGGAGAAGAAGAAGGACUACAAGAAGCGCGCGAUUGACGCACAGAGAAAGGAGAAGACCCUAAAGCUAUUGCACCGGCGGGCUCAGAACAAGAAUCCCGACGAGUUCUACCACCACAUGAUCAACUCGAAGCUGUCCAACGACGAGCACCGCGAGGAGGACAAAAAGGACGAACACACGCCCGAGCAGCUGGCUCUCAUGCAGACGCAGGACCUCAAGUACGUGGUCAUGAAGCGCACCAUUGAGCGCCACAAGAUCGACCGACUGAAGGCUACGCUGGUGGACGUGGACGCUGCCGGAGAAGGAGCUGCCGGGCCACGGGUAAACAAGCAUUUAAUCUUCGACGAAGAGAAAAACAAGUGGACGAAGACACUGGGAAAACGCCUCGAGGAAGAGACAGAAAAGCCGAAAACACCUAUAAAUCCAAGCAAACAGCAGCGCAUCAACGAGCUAAGGAAGCGAUUGCAUCGCGAAAAGGAGCUCGGGAUUGUCCAGCAGAAGAUUCAGCUGCAGAACUCCCUUAAGCAGCCGCGACUUCUGAAGCCGAAGAAACUGAAGAGCGGCACCAAGGAGAGUGCGCCCGUCUAUCGAUUCCGCUACGAGCGAAAGAAAUAAGGAUUGUUCACCUUGUUUCCUACUUUAUCAUUAAUAAAGCCUUCUAGUGUACCUUGCA